CAAACGGAUGUUUGGUUGGGUGUAAUGCUAUUACACCCCGAUUCCGUUCCGCAUCUAUUACCGACUUUGGCUGUAAUAGCCAUUCUGAUGUUUAAGAACGGAUUAGGGAUUCCCCCAAUUCAUUACCAUCUUUUCCGGUUUCUGACCUCAUCCUCUCCAACGUUUGCAAGAAGCAGGAGCCUGUUAGGUGGGAAGGUUUUUCGAAGCAUUGGUCGUGUUGCUUACCGUGAUUCACCGUACUCCAGGGACCGUCGAAAUAAUCGUCACAUUGCUGUCGAGUGCAACUCAACCACUAUAUGUUGGAACUGUAAGGAGCCAGGGCAUCUUGCUGGACAAUGCCCCUAUGAGCCUGUUUGCAAUAUGUGUUGUAAGAUGGGUCACUUAGCUCGAGAUUGCCUAAAUCCCAGACUUCCGGCUCAUGAUGCAAGACUCUGCAACAACUGCUACAAGGCAGGUCACUUUGUCGCCGACUGUACGAAUGAGAAGGCUUGCAAUAACUGUCAUAAAACCGGUCACCUUGCUCGUGACUUCCAUAACGAGCCAGUUUGCAAUAUCUGCAAUAUAUGAGGUCAUGUAGCCAGACAAUGUGCCAAGUCGAAACUGUCAUCAGACAUAGGAGGCCGCUUCCGGGACAUUUUUUGCCGCAACUGUGGCCAGCCAGGCCAUAUUAGUCAGGACUGCAUUUCCAUCGUCAUAUGCAGUAACUGUGGUGGAAGGGGUCACCUUCAUUACGAGUGCCUUUCAGCAAGGAUGUAUGACCGCAGUGGCGUACGUAGGUAUUAACUACUUAACUAACCAACUUUUGUAGGAUUCAUUCAUUAGCAUCCCUUUGUUUAACUCAUCUUUAUAAUUUGAUUUUCAAUUGAUUUAUUCUUGAAGUGAUACGCCAUUGUUGUUCUGUAA